UGUGACGAAGCUGACCGCAAUUGAGAUGAUGUCAGGUGUGAACAUGCUGUGCUCCGAUAAGACGGGGACGCUGACGCUGAACAAAAUGGAGAUUCAGGAUCAGUGCUUUACGUUUGAGAAGGGCUACGACCUGCGCUCCGUGCUUGUGCUGGCCGCACUUGCUGCGAAGUGGCGUGAGCCCCCUCGUGACGCCCUGGACACAAUGGUGCUGGGGGCUGCGGACUUGGACGAGUGUGACAACUACACACAGACUGAAUUUGUGCCGUUUGAUCCGACAACGAAGCGCACGGCCGCCACCCUUGUGGACAAGCGAACGAACGAGAAGUUCAGCGUGACGAAGGGCGCGCCACACGUGAUUAUCCAGCUGGUGUACAACCAGGACGAGAUCAAUGACCAGGUGGUUGAAAUCAUCGACAGUCUUGCCGCGCGUGGUGUCCGUUGCCUCUCUGUGGCGAAGACGGACUCGCAGGGCCGCUGGCACCUGUGCGGCAUUCUGACGUUUCUUGACCCCCCACGCCCCGACACGAAGGAAACGAUCCGCCGGAGCAAGCAGUACGGUGUGGAAGUGAAUUUACUCUUUGUUGUUUAUUAUUAUUAUUAUUUUUUUUUGUGUGUGACCUACGUAGGCGCAUUUGUGCAGCUUUUUUGUUGUUGUUGUUGA